ACACACACACACCGAGACAUGGAGUUAAAAAUCUGCAACAGGACUGGCUGGAUGAGAUAUCAUCUGACUGAGGAUAGAUCUCCACACAGAUGUCACAUUAGAAGAGGAUUAAUUUUCCUAAUAAUAUUGACAUUCUUACUGUCACUUGUUCUGUACAUCUCUGAUGUCUCUCACAUCCUACCUAUGACUUCUAACACUUUAUAUAAACACGUUGUAAAUCGGAUAUCAUCGUAUUCUAAAGUAAUUCCCUUGGAAAUACCUUUUCCACGUCAAACUCAAAUUCAACAAAGUAGUACUACAAAUUCAACAAAGAGUACUACAAAUUCAACAAAGAGUACUACAAAUUCAACAAAGAGUACUACACAAAUAACAUCCACAGUAAACUGGGUGCGUUAUCACGUAGCUUAUCCGUACAACUAUCAUUUCAUCCUGGAUGAACCUGAGAAAUGUCAGCAGAACCCAUUCCUGGUCUUGAUGGUCCCUGUGGCCCCCCAUCAACUGAAGGCUCGGAACGCAAUCCGGAGCACGUGGGGAAAUGAGACCACGGUCCGGGGAAAAGCAGUGCUGACUUUGUUCAUGGUGGGCUUGCGUGAUGGACCCAGUAGUAAUGAAACCCAACAACAGCUACAGGAGGAGAGCCAACAACAUGGAGACAUCCUGCAAAGCAACUUUACGGACUCAUACGUCAACCUGACCAUAAAGACGAUGGUAAUCAUGGACUGGUUGGCCACUCGCUGCGCUCAAGCGUCUUUUGGCAUGAAAGUCGAUUCUGACAUGUUUUUGAACCUGGAGAAUUUGAUGAGCCUCUUAUUGGCACCGGAAACACCCAAACAGAACUACAUCACGGGCAUGGUAAUGAGAGGCCAAACUGUGAUCAGAAACCCAAACUCAAAAUGGUACGUUCCAGUGGAGCUGUACCCAGAACCAUACUACCCAGUAUACUUGUUGGGAAUGGGAUAUGUUUUCUCCAACGAUCUUCCCCCCAAAAUAGUUGAGGCUUCCAAGGAGAUAAAGCCUUUUAACAUAGAGGACGCAUAUGUGGGUGCUUGUCUUAAACGUUUAGAAAUUCAACCCUCACAGCCCCCAGACCCUUCUAAAUUCAGAUCCUAUUUAAAUAAAUAUAACCGGGAUGAGUUUCUGAAGGUCAUUACAACAAUCCUGAAUUCUCCUCAGCAACUAUUAGAUUUCUGGAAGGAUGUUAAAAGGUCUGCAUGAAGAAAAUCACAUACAUCGCAUCACGUAUGAGUUUUCUGUUUGAAUUCCUGAUGUGGUGUUUGUCUAUACUGUGGAUCAGUUACAUUUAUGUAAAACCGUAGAGCGGUUUUAAACAAGUUUUGUCAUUUUUUGAUACAUUGUGUGUUAUUUUGUGCGUUUAUGCAUUUGGCGGACACUUUUAUUAGUACAUUUAUCCGUAUGUGUGUUCCCUAGGGAUCAAACCUACGACCGCUGUGCUGCUAAUGCAAUGGUUUUUCGGUUGACUAUAGGAACACUGACAAUGUUUGAUGGAA